CAGAUUAUGGCCAAUGCUAAAGAUGCAGUGACAGGAGCCAAGGAGGCUGUCAGCGGGACUGUGAGCGGUGCCAAGGAUUCUGUCUCCUUCACCCUAAAUGAUGUGAUGGACCGAACACGCGGGGCAGUGCAGGGCAGCGUGGAGAAGACCAAGACUGUGGUCAGCGGUGGAGUCCAGACAGUGAUGGACAGCAGGAUGCUCAAACUGGUGUCCAGCAGAGUGGACAAUGCACUGAGCACAUCUGAGACGCUGCUGGAGCACUACUUGCCUGAAAAUGAGGAGGAAAAAGAAGGUGAAGAGAGGAAUACUGAAGGAUUGGAAAAUGACAGCGAUUUGGCCAAUUAUUAUGUCCGACUGGGCUCUCUGUCCAUUAAAGUCAGAGACAGGACUUAUCAGAGAGCCGUGGAGAAAGUUCGUCAUGCCGUGCAGCGCGGACAGGAGUCCAUUUCACAGCUUAACCACACAAUGGAUAUAAUCGAAUUUACCAGGAAGAAUAUUGAUGGGUCUAACCAGAAGCUGCAGGAGAAACUGGGUUCACUAAUGGGCUGGAAGAGCGUUUCUCAAAGCCAAGAAACAGAGAGCGAAACAGACAGUGAAGCUGAGCAAAUUGAGUCGCGCACACUGACCAUCGCCCACAGCCUCAGCCAGCAGCUUCAGAGCACAUGUGUGGUGCUGGUGUCCAGUCUCAGGGGUCUCCCUCAGCACGUCCAGCUCCAGGUGGGCUCCGUCAGCCGCUCCGCAUUGGAGAUCUACAGCAGCUUCAGUAAAGCGGCCGUGCUGGGGGAUCUGUCCAGCACCGUCCUGUCCUCCAGCCGCUCACAGCUCAGCAGAAUCACAGAGUCCAUGGACAACGUGAUGGACUACCUGCUCAACAACACUCCUCUCAACUGGCUGGUCGGACCGUUUUACCCACGUGUGGAGCGCGCCGUUGAAAACGAGGCCAAAUGUAGCAAACAGAGGACCCUUCAAGUCACUGAAUGAAGCUUAAUCGAAUAUUAAAAUCCUGUCAUUAUUGA